UAAUGACGAAUUUCCUGAAAAACCACCAUUCUUUGAACCAUAUUAUGGACCACAUGAUGAACCAUAUUAUAGACCACAUGAUGAACUAUAUUAUGGACCGCAUGAUGAACCAUAUUAUGGACCGCAUGAUGAACCAUAUUAUGGACUGCAUGAUGAACUACAUUAUGAGGCCAGUGAUAAUGUAUCAUCAGUUGGUUCUAAUAGCAGGGUCACUUCAACUUUUUCAGAAGACCAACCUUGCAUUACAAAAAAAAAAAUUAAAUUAACUUAUUCAAAUCAUCGACAGCAGUAUGCAAAGACAAGCUGGGUAUGGAAAUACUUUAUCCUAAGUCAAGACAAGAAGUACGAUGUGUGUACUGUUGAAAUUAUGAAUCUGAACAAUAAAAAGGUCAAAUGUGAUCACAAACUUAUACAUGAUGGUAGUACAGGAAAUAUGAGCCAUCAUCUUCAUUCCAAACAUAACCUACAUGAAAGUCAUAAUAAA